AUGAUGACAUACUUUGAACAUUGCCAUGCAUUACAGGCCAUAAUUGAGAUGCACAAAUUGCAAUGUGGUGCGUUGGCUUGUCAGCGAUCAAGUGUAACAGAAAGGAUCUCACCAGGGCCAUCAUCACCACGGACUCCAAUUCCAGACAAACCAGAUGUACCGACGGAAAAAACAGUAGAUGUAACACCAUCUCCUAUGGGAAAUUCACCAUUACCAUCCAUUGACAAAAAAAGCACCAGAGAAGGAGAAGGGACACCGAAAAAACAAAUAGAUAAAGAAGAAAAAAAGAAAAACGAAAGAAAGAGAGCAGAAGAAGAGAGAUGGGAAAACGAAAGAAAGAGGGCAGAAGAAGAGAGAUUAGAAAACGAAAGAAAGAGGGCAGAAGAAGAGAGAUGGGAAAACGAAAGAAAGAGAGCAGAAGAAGAGAGAUGGGAAAACGAAAGAAAGAGAGCAGAAGAAGAACAACGCCGUAGGGAUAACGAAAGCGAUAGAAAAAAAAGAGAGAAGAAACGUAAGAAACAGGAAGAAUUUAGAAAAGACGGAGAAACGCACCGCAGCUACGAAGAAAGACAAAGGGAAAGGGAAGAGGAAAGACGUAUUCAAAACGAGAAACGUAGGGAAGAUGAGAUGCGCAAGGUCAUUCAGCUUUAUCGUCCUCCUAAAUUUACAACAAUUAAAUCUUCACCUCGCCGUAGAGCAGCAAAAGGCUACUUCCGAAUUCUAUGGAGGCGCCCAGUCAUGCAUAAUGAAGGUAUGAUGUACCUGUCUCCAUACCUGCGAUGA